AUGGUCCUCCGAAAGUGCACCAUUUGCGAUCGUCGCUUCAAGAAGACUGAGCAUUUCAAACGCCAUGAGCGGUCACACACCAAGGAACGCCCCUACGAGUGUAAUGUCUGUCAUAAAAGGUUUUCGCGAAGCGACGUUCUAAGUCGUCAUGCCAAAGGUCAUAACCAAGGUGCUGCGCCAAAUGCUGCAGCCAAAACAAAAGAUGCCGCGACGACAGAGGCCCAUGACCGACGCCAGUCUGCAAUAUUAGGGAUGUCUCCGAUGGUACCGGGCCCGGAAAAUGGCACCCAGAUGUUGCCCAGUAUUGGGCCCGAAGCGCAUCAAUUCCCUCCUAACAUGACGCCCCGAGACGUGAAUCUCUCAGUAACCGGAAUCCCGCCAUCCUCAUUAGAUUUUCUGGCGGACAUCUCAGCCCACCACAGCCGAACCGACCCAGAGAUGAACACAAUGAUGAUCGAUGAACAGCAGCCUUAUUUCGGCUGGAACGAGACCACGCCUACAGCCCAGUCCCAGCGAAAUAACAGCUUAGCGUUUGAUGCGGGAUCGAGUGAUUUGUUACAGAUGUGGCUUGAGCCGCGUACCGAUGCCGGAUCGAAUCAUGGAUCCCUCGAUUUCACAAACGGCCAUCUCCCGUUAAUUGGCGACAACGUGGUGCUCACCCCGGACCAACAACAUCGCCAAUCUGUUGACGGCGCCAAACCUAGCGGUGAUAACAUUCCCAACGAACGCUUUGCCAAGGUUCAACGGUGCUGGCUUGCUCCACCAAAUCAUACAGGUCGCAUUAUGAACAGUCUCUGGCGCGAUGUCGUGUACACGGACGUGGACAACGUAUUUUCUAUCAGCUCGGCGCUAUCUCAGAACAAUAUCCCACUUGCUCAAGGAUCCAGAUGCGGCAUUGAUGAAGAGUGUAGACGCAGGCUUCAGGCUGUUAUUGGCCAAACUAUGUUCUCUUUUCCCCACAUGCAACAUCCACACAACGGUGCUGCUUCUCCAGCAACGACGGGCUCGUCUUCGAAUUUCUUCCCUCAAUUUCCUCCUGCUGAGAUUCUAGACAUGGCACUUGAUCUCUAUUUCCGCACUUUUCACCCACUUGUGCCGUUUGUACACCUUCCUACAUUCUCCGCUAAGACGACCCGCCCACUAUUACUUUAUGUCAUGUGCCUCAUCGGAAUGAUGUUACUUGGUACUAAAGGAACCGCCAGUUUUGUCUCGAGAGAUUUUUCGAAUAUGCUUGAAAGGGUCACUGCCGAUCUAACAAAAUGUACCAUGGGCGUUGAAUCGCCUUCUAGUACUAUGUCUAUUUUCGCAACGGCAUUUCUUUUCCUGAAUCUUGCUGUAUUAACAGGUGACAAGACACAUUUAGAAAAGUGCCAAAUGCUUUAUGUUAACUUGAUGUCGAUUACCCAAAGACAUGGGCUUUUUGCGGCCACGGAAGGUCAAAUCCUAGACAUGAGUCUUUUCGAGGCCGUACCCGAUAUUGAGAUGCGAUGGAAGGCAUGGAGCAAGGUUGAGUCUACCAAGAGGGUCAUCAUCGGUCUCCUUCUUUUGGACUCCUGGUAUUCUUCGCUCCUUUCAACAAGUCCGAUAGUCGUUCCAGACUCAAUCCAAAUCAUCAUGCCCUGCAAUGAAUCCCUCUUCCGCGCACACUCAUCGAUACGAUGGACCCAGCUGAUCCGCAGCGGGAAAAGGAUACUGAUGCCAACGGUGCUGGCGCCGUCAGAAAACAUCAAUAUUCCAGCAAUCGAAGGUCCCACCGACGAAUUAUCGAUCCAAGCAGUCUUAGCCAUGGUCCAACUGCGCCAGUCAGAGGCCUAUCACCGCCUACUUUCCAAUCGCGCAAGUUACCCCUUCGCUCCCUGUCAUACAUAUGCAAUGGACGGCCGAGCCAGGUGCCUUCCAUCUCUUCAGUUCCAAAUUAUCAGUAACUAUCGCGAGUACAUGGAGAAAAUGAACCCCAAUGCGCUUGUUAUGUGGCAUCAUAUGUGCAUGAUGCUUACUGCCGACAUUCAAAUCUUUGAAUUCGCUGCUGGUCGAGCCGGGCCGGCCCCAGCUCGAAAGGCGCUCGACGAUAUAGCUGAGUGGUCCCAGACACCUGCUGCCAGACGAGCGUGCCUUCACGCCGCUCAUAUCUACAAGUCCAUGACUAAUCGGAAAGCUUCCGAUCAUCCUACAUUUCACUCAAUCCUAUCGCUAUUCUCCGCGGCGCUUGUCCUGGGCCUGUAUACCUUUAUGGUUCCCAAUUCUGCGAAUGUUUCAUCCACUAUAGGGUCCAUUGAAUUAAUGGACGACAUUGAUUGGCAGCAAGUUGGAACAGAGGGCUUCACGAGUUUCAUGGAGCCACGGGGAAGUCAGUCAUUUUCACCGACUGAUGAUCCCGCUGUCAACUUCAUCCGCAACGGCGCGACAAUUUACCUUCGGGGUGUCCCUUUUCAAGGUGGGUAUCAAUCUGCUCGUCGGAUCCUUCUUGAUUACGCUGGCCUUCUCAAAGACUCGGGUAAAUGGAGUGUAAAGAAAUUUUCUUACGUACUACACAUUAUGAGCGAUGUACUUAUGGAUGUGGAGUGA